UUUGUUUUUAUAUUGUGUAUUACUUUGGGGCACUAUGACAUUUUUAUCUUGAAAGCUGUUAUAUAAAUUAAGCUUAUUAUAAUUAAAUGCCACAAGAACAAGUAAAAAGCAUCAUUUUUAUCGGAGUGGUUAUUUAAAAACACACUUUUGUGUUAAAUCAGAACUGUUGUGUUGCUGUUAUCUCUGGUGCGUCUGUGUUGCGUCAGUCAUCACGCUCGGCUGUCAGCUGAGCUCCAACAACGUUUGUGUGUUUCCUUUGACUCUGAAGCUCUCGUGGCGGGUCUCCUCCUCCUCCUCCUCCUCGCUCUUCAACAUGUUGCAGUGAGUGAUGGAGGGAGGAGGGACGGAGGGGGGUGUUUGUUUAUGGACGCCACAUGUCUCUCUGUCACUCAUCAGCAGGUAUUUUUACCCCGGACCUCCCCCUCUUUCCUCCUCUUAGUUCUUCCUCUCCAUACAGAGUCGGGACACAUUUGGAUCCUCAGAACCGGGCUUGUCGGGCUGUUUUCUGUUCUCGGGACCCUCCAAAGGCAGGUUUCUCUGCUCAGGAACUGGACAGACGCUGGCGUCUGCAGGACUUCCUCCAUGAAACCGGUCAGGUUUAGAAUCAGACAAACGGCAUCUUUGCAACCAUGAACAAACAUCUUUAUGCAAAGAUAAACAACUUCAGAGCAGACACAAACUUUCAGAGAACAAAACGGGAAACAGGAAACAUUCCCGUUUUUACUCUAUAAAUGAUCUCAGCUUUGGUCAGGAUGAGUGGACGGUCUGAAGAGGCGAACAGAGACGACGCAGGAGAAAGUGUGAACUUCUGUACUUUCACCACCUUAAGUACCGUCGCUGUCCAGGCUGGUCAGUCUCAGACGGUCAUCUCUGUCUUGAAGAGUGGAUCUCUGGUCCACCUUCAGCUGGUCCAAGUCCAGCCGGGACUUUGUGAAGUCGGAUCAAACCAGAAGGAAAACGAAACGUUGAUUCAGGAGCAGCAGCAGCUGCUGGAAAAGCUGAAGAAACACGAGAAUGAUGUUGUAUCUGUGGUGGAAAAGAAAGCCGAGGAGUCAACGAGGAGAAACCAAGGAGUUACAGAGCAAAGAAAGAUCAGGAAAUGGGAGCAGGAGGAAGGUUUGAAGCUCGCCAUGAAAAGCUCUCUGACUGAGGGAUGGUCGCUGCUCCUGCACCUGCUUGAAAGACGGCUUGAAGUCCUGAAGCUGGCGUCAGACUUCUACCGUCAAGCCACAGAGUUCGCUGCCAGCAUUGACAGAUUUGAGGGUCUGCAGAUGAAAGCCGGCGAGGACGGUCCGACUGCGACACAGCUCUCCUAUAAUACCACGAGGAAAGAUCUUCUGAAGAAAUCUCUUGGUGUUUUGACCAGCAGCAGCAUUCUGAUCCAGGAGCUCAGAGUGCUGAAGAGGAUUGAGGCCCUCCAGAGGAAGGGAGGAGUACUGCAGGUCACAGAAUGGAAAGAAGAGGACGAAGAGGAGGGUUCCCAAGAGAGCAGGCAGGUUUUGCUGAGGCUGGAGGAGCUGGUGGAGGAACUGCAGGAUCGCCGGCGGAGGGCAGACCAGGCCGUUGGAAUGCAGCUCCGACAGCCAGCUGACGCCGUGGAGGUCCAGAAGACGGAGGACACCUCCACGAGAAUCAAGUCUGAUCAGCAGCAGUGGGUUUUGGCCCAGCAGGACUGCACAGUUCUAGUAAUCCAGGAGCAGAACCUGCAGUUUGAGUCUUCACCUCCAGUCCCGCUGUCCAAUAUCAACUCAGAGGAAACCAAAGACUCCAAUCCAGAAUCCAGACCAGACCAAAGCAGAUCUGUGGAACCCAGAAGCGGGUGUGAGGACUCCAGAAAGUUCUGGUCAGGAUCCACGACAGACCGGAUGUUUGAAGUCGAGGCAGAUCAGAACCCAAACUUAAAUUCAGAGAUGGCAGGAGGUCUGAACCUGCAGGCUGAGUUCUCACUCACAGCCAAGUAUCACGAGACUGCAGAUCUUCAUGUGGGACCAAAUGUGGACCAAAGUUUUGGGUUAGACCAGAUUCCUGAAUCUAGACAGCUUCAAGCAACACAUCAGAUAUCUGACUGGAGAUUAAAUGAAACUGAAAACCACCAAGCUGGGUCAAGAUGUCUUGGUCCAAAAGUUCAAAGACUGCUUACUAAAUUAGACAAAGACCGAAACUUCAGUUCAGGAUCUGAAUCAAGUCUGAAGCCGUGCUCCAGAUCACAGAAUGAAGCGGAGAAAACGCUCCAGACCAGGACAGAGGAGACCAAAGAUCCGCAGACUGGACCCAGAAUAAACCCUGAGGUGAAGUCCAAAUCAGAAGGAGCCAAAGAGUCGGAGGUCAGAGAGAAUCUGAAGAACAGAUUCAGGACUGAAGGAUAUCCAGGAUUUGGAUUUAAUCUAAAGCCAAAUUCUAGAUCAGAAACAGGUCUAAGUGCUGGAUCUGGAUCAGAAGAAACUAGAAAACAAGAAUCGAUACUCAAACUGAAGGAGACCAAAAACCUCGAGUCAGAGUUCAGACCCGAGGGAGAAGUUCUGCCUGAAUCUGGAUCCAAUGAGAGGCACCGAUUUAGAUCUGAGGAUAAAUUCAGAUCCAGUUUGCAGCAUGAAGAGGUCAGAAAGCCUGAAGUGAGCAACAAAGAUGACCAGCACUCUCCUGCUGCCGCCGCCAGACCUUUAGCAGACCUGCUGAUAAUAAAGGAAGACGAGGCUCCAGAUGUGAAAGGACACGCCCACUGGACAGCCCUGACCAAUCAGCGGCAGCAGUUUUUGUCUUCAUUGGAACGGCUUGAGGAGAAGGUGUGCAGCUGGAUGCAGCUGCUGUCAGACAGCUGGAAGUCUGGAUGGUGUCUUUCUGAGGCCGAACAGACUCUGAAGACACACCUCCAACUGCAAAAACACAUUCUGUCUGCAGAUCAGGACGUAAGGAGCUGGAAGCAGAUUCUGGAUCCAAACAGAGAGUCCAAUGAAACUGGGCCCCAGCCCCCCGGUGAGGCCGGCAGGCAGAUGUCCUCUCUGAAGGCGCUGACCGAGCGGCUGAGGGGAGGCUGUGCAGGAACCCCGACCGGAACCAGCAAUGUUCAGCAGACUCCGCCUUCGUCACAUAGUCAGGAUGAUGCAGAUCGCGUGGAGCGGGUUCUGAAGGAGCUGCAGGUUCUGAGGAAGAAGACUGACUGCAGCCUGCAGCUGCUGCAGCCGUACGUCUGCCUCCUCAGGACCGCUCAGCAGGUGGAUGAGGAGAUGAAGGAGCUCAGGGAGCACUUCCAGAGGAGGAAGGAGGGAGAUGGAGAGGAGGCAGAAUCUGGUCAAAUCAAGACCCUGCAGCUUGAAAUGAUGAAGAAGAUGGACGCCGCUGAAGAGCUGGGAGACGGCUGCAUCCGUGCAGCGACUGUGGGAUCAGAACUGAACUCUCAGACGGUUCUUCUGGGGGUCCAACAAACAAUGAAGAAAAUGAGGGAAACCAAAUUGGAAAUGGAAAAGCUGAGGGAUCAGCAGGAGGAUGUGAUGCUCUGCAGGGAAUACCAGGAGAGACUGAGCAAGACGUCUCAGGACCUGAAAUGUGUCUCUGAGCUGCUGGACUCCUGCACCGGUGUGGAUCUGGGUUUGGACCUGAACUCUUCCACGCUGCUGGAACACUUCAGACAGGCCAGACCACAUUUCAAUCAGCUAGAUACUGAGGUGGAGAGCUUACUGAAAAACUGGCAAAGUGUGAAACAAGUUAGUGAUCGGCUCAAGAAGGUGCAGGGAGACACGGUGGAGGAUGAGGAUCUGUCAAAUAUGAUGAAGCUUCAGGAGACGGUGAAGAACAAGAUCCAGCAGAGCGAGUCCGUCCUGGAGCUGACCAGGAGAUUCCACAUUGGAGCUAAGCAGCUGGAAGAGCUGCUCCAUGAAGAGUUCAGGAGAACUUUAACCAGAUCUUCUGAUGCUGAGCUCAGCUGGUACCGAGAGAGGAGGCAGCAGAUCCAGAACCUGCUUAGAACCAGCACGGCACUGGUGGGGGACAUCUGUGCUGCAGUCAAGAGUACUGGCUGGAUGCGUUUCCGUGUGGAGCAGCUGGAGGCUCGGCUCCUCUCUCUGGACUCUCUGUGCGGGUCGUGGCUGAAUGAAGCAGCCAGACGUGAAGAAGAGCUGCGCAGAGAUCAGCUGACGCACCUGCUGCAUGACAGCAUCAGCCAGCUUUGGGACUCCUUUAAGGAGCUGAAAAAAUGCUUCAGCAACACCAGGUUCAACUACCUGAAAAGAAACAACAGAAGCAGGAACCUGAAGGUUGUCAGGAACCAGUUGCAGCAGGUGGAGGUGUAUGGAGAGAAGCUGCAGGCGAUCAGAAAACGAGUGCACGGAGUGGAGGCUCAACUGUCCCUGCAGGGGACGGAUGGGGCCGUGGUCCUGCAGGUGGAGGACACCAUCAACGAGCUCCACAAACAAAUGGGAGAGUUGGAGCGUAGCUUCUGCGAACACCAAAAAGGUCUGGACAUGACCUGCAGGCUGCACCAAGCCAUGCAGGAGUAUCAGUUCUGGUGUGAGGAGGCGAGCUCCACCAUAACUCGUGUGGUGAAGUUUUCCGCUGAGUGUUGCAGCGCCAAAGCCGUCUCCACGCUCCACCGCCAGCUGGAGAAGUUUGUGUGGCCGACGGUUCCUGAGCAGGAGGAGAGGAUCAGCCAGAUCACAGAACUGGCUGAAAAGCUGUAUGGGGUGGAAGAAGGACAACGCUACGUGGAGAAGACGACCAAAAAGCACUGUGAGGUUGUGGCCUCCAUCAGAGAGCUGAGCAGACAGCUGGUGGAGCUGGAGGCAAAGUUGAAGAUUGACGAAAAGAAGAUGCAAGAAGGAGAAAAUGAGGAGCAAAUGACAGAAAAGAGGAACGUGAACGAACAAAGGGAUAAUCGUAGCACAGAGGAGGAUGACGGAAUGUCUGAGCUUAAAGAGACAGGCCACACUCCUGAAGUGGCCGCUAAGGAUGAUGGGAAAGAGGCCCUCCUGGGAAAGCAGACUUCAGCCAAUAGGGAGACUUCUUUCCAAAAGACUCUCCAUGAGGAUAGAAACGGCAGCAUCUCCUGCUCUCCUGUGAAGACCAAUCGAAGGAUGAACGCCGUCCACAGCCAAUCACAGGCUGUCACAACAGCACAGGAUUCAUCAGCAGAGGUGGAGCUCCAACAAGACACGAUUACAGAGGAUUGUCUGUCAAAUGAUGAAUAUGACUGUGCUUCACCGGAUGACAUUUCUCUGCCGCCGCUGGCGGAGACUCCUGAGUCCGCCAUGUUUCAGUCAGACGUUGAGGAGUCUUUGUGUAUCAGCUCCCAUAGUCUUCACGUCAGUCGGUUCAGCUGCCAGGAACAAACCACAACUGGAGCCGACACCGGUUCUGUCCCACAACAAAGACUCUCCAACCCAACAGAAGGUUGUUCUUCUCCCUCCGUCAGUCUCUACAGCAGCACAAGCAGGUUCAAAUCAGAGUCCAGUUCACUCGUCCAAAGUCCGUUAACACUUCCUGCGUCAAGACUCUUCACCAGCACUCUUUGCACCACCUUGACUACCAGUGAAAUCAGAUCUGACAUAAUCUCAAAGAAUAGACCAAUUGGCAGUCCUAAACCAAGCCUAGAUGUAGUUAAACCUUCCGAUUGUUCCCUGGACAUUAAUGUUCCUGAGACGAGGAGUGCACCACCACCAAGAAAAACCAAAAGUACCCCCACCCCAGAGGCUCUUAAUCUGAAUCAUACCUGUCUCCAACCUCUGAAUGAUCCAGACUCAGAUCUGCACAAAGUCAGGAUCCAUCCAGAAAAUGUUGGAUUUAACAACUGUACAUGUCCACAGUUUCUUAAUGACCAAGAAAUAUUUCUCAAUCAAGACAGGAAGACCUCUCACAACCCAAGAGAAGCCACACCUGAAGAAGAUACAGUUCCCAGAAGCACCAGUUCAGAUCUGCAGCAGAACAUUUUGGACUAUCACUCCAAUGUAGAACCGUGUACAAGUACUAUAACUCAUGAAAGUUCUUGCUUGACACAAGCCAAAAAAAUUGCUGAGAGUCAUAACUCCACAACCUCCAAUUCAAAGGACCAAAAUUCUUCCACAAACGUAACCCAGUCAAGUAAAGCAGCUUUACAGAUCCAUCUUCCCCAGUCGACUGGUUCUAGAAGUGGACUGGUUCAGAAGGUUCUACCUUUUCAAAAUGAAGCAUCCGCGGACUGCACCCCCAGAACCAAGAGUUGCACCACAGCUACCACUGUUAUCAAGCAUUCUGUGGAGGGCAAGACAAGUCCUGAAGACAUUAUCAAGUCAAACAAAUCCUUAGAUCACAACAUCAGAGAUAGCCAGAUGCCCUACGUCCACAGUUCUCCAGAGUGUGUCAGCAGCACCAGUGUCUGCAGCAGUAAAAGAUUCAGUACGGAGCAGAGCCUCCAGACGGUCUGUUCUCUCAAUGAGUCCGUGAGCACCAUCCACGCCCAGCACUGUGUGCAUGGUCCCAGCAUGAGUCACAGCAGUCCUGCCAAGCCCGCCACUCCACCUCAGCCCGAGGCUCAGACCCAGGCUUUGUCCCAGCAGGUUAACCCGCAUGUCUCAUGUCCCGCUCCACCUCAUUCACUAACUCCUCACCGAGACCCUGAUGUUUGUCUUCCCAUCGCCAUCCGCGAGGAGAUCAGGCUUACGCCUCAGAUCAAGGGGCCUUCCAGCACUCCUGGCUCCCCCCGCUUCACCAGGCCUUUGUCUCAAACCGCUAUGAUAGAAGGCUCUCCAGUGAUGCUGGAGGUGGAGGUGAUGGGACACCAAGAGCCCAUGCUCACCUGGUUUAAGGAGCAAGAGGCGCCGCCACCAGGCGACCGAGGCAAACACCUUCUGUUACUCUUUGAGGCAACGGAGGCUGCUGGUGGCCUGCUUGAGGUCCAGCAGGACUUGAAGCAGCCGCGAGGUGUUGAGAAGCGGCUGCUGGACCCAUUUGAUGUCACCUUGGACUGGUACACCUGGUUUGGGAUUCUUUGUGUAUUGCUGUGGUUGUUUUACCUGAUCCUACUCUGAGACAUCAAAUUUAUUUACUUCUUUGUCAGAGUAAAUAUAUUUUUACUGCCUGUGACUUGUUAACCAAUCAGAACAGUGUGAGGAAAAUCCCUCUGAAUUCAAAUGUUUAAAAAAAAAAAUGAUGUAAAUUAUUUAAAAUAUAUCUGUAGUAAACCUAAGCUUGAGUUGAUUAAAAAAUGUACCCCCAUCCUGUUCUCACUAAAAAUAAUAUCAUCUGCAAACAUAAUGAUCCACAGAUUCCUGUCUAGCCUCAUCUGUCAGUCUGUCCAUCAUCUCAGCAAACAAGAAGGAGCUCAAAGCUGAUCCUUGGUGCCCUCUCUCCUGCACCUUGAACUCUUCUGUCACACCUGCAGCACAUAUCACCACUGUCCUCCAGCUUUCAAAGAUGUCCUGAACAACUCCAAUAUUCUUCUCUGCUACUUCUGACUCCUUUUUUGGUUUUGUUUAGAUUUAGUGUCCUAAAGGUUGAACUUUCCUUUGCAUCAAGGGGCAGGAACACCAACAAACCUACAUUGUUUGGGCAGAUUUAUUUUGUGGCAUCAUGAAAUUUGAUUUAUGUGCGCACAUGCUGUUGCGGUUGCAAAUCCAGUAGCGGCUGUGAAUCUUUAUGGCUUUAUUUUGAGCCCAUAGGUUUUGACUAUGGGCUCAAUCCCUCAAGGGGUUUUUGGACCCUCUACCACUGGAGCUCACACUGAGAGGUGGUGGGCUGGGGUAAGCUUAUUCAUGAGCUCUCAGCUCAGCGUUCAAUUGCUGGACUUCAUCCUGAUGGACAAGACGAUCAUGUCCCUGCACUUGUAGUUAGGGAACACGAUCUGAUUGUAGUUUGUCGGAGUCCCUUAGAGAGGUACUCGAAAGUACCCAAACCGCUGACUCUGUUGUCGUAUUGUCAUCUUGGGGGAUUCCAACGCCCACUGGGGACAAUGAAAGUGUCACUUUGGAGGGUGUGGUUGGGAGGAAUGUAUUACCUGAUCUGAAACCAAGUGGUUUUCAAAUAUAACACAAAUGUAAAAUACAUUAAUUAAAUAUUAACUGAAUAGUCUUUCUUCCAUUUCACCGUUAUUCAACACUUUACACUUGUCAAUAAUAUACAAUACUAUUUUUUUGUAUGUUUACUGAAACAAAAUACAGAACAAUAAGACGGUUUGAUGGACUUUGCUUAAAGGAUAAAAUUGCAGCAUUGAAGACAUUUUUCCGAAAACAAGGAGCACAACAAAGUAGACACAGGUUGAUUAGAUCUUAUGCAGAUGUUAUGACAGUAUGGAUGAGGAAAUAGUGGUCAGACAGCUGAGAAUGGUGGUGUAAAGGUGACUCUUGUGGUGGGGAAUAAAAUGACUCUCAUUUUAAAAAUGGAUUCUCAUAAUUUUAUGAACUAAAUGCUUUUUUUUGCUUCAGAUUUGUUUG